AUGAAUAUUGACACAGCAGAGGUUCAGCUUCAGGAAGAACAGGUCGAAUUUUCAAAUAAUGAAACUUUGAAAAACAGCUUCCAGAAUGGUGAUCGAGUCACAGAAUUUUGGCUUCAAAGUAAAAUCAAUAACCUCUCUUCAGGAUUGUGGACUAUCGUCAAAUUUUUAGUUGCUUUCCCUUUCUCCUACCUUGUCGAACGAAGAAUCGGUGCUGUGGCUGAUCUAAUUAUAAUAAAGAGAAGUCGACUCCAAAUCAUGGAAAGAGGAAACUUGCGCCUUCAUCUCUCUAAAAGUAUUGAACCGAGCGGUUCCGAAACUGGCUCUGAUGCAUUAAGCACAGACUUCCCACUGAUCAUACUUGAUUGUUUCAUUGAUAUUACUCUUUUAGUGUAUUUUUUGCUG